GUCUAUGUUUGGUAGAGCACUGGACGCUCACUUUGGUCGUGUAGUUGCAUUCCAAAUUGAAAUGUAGGGGGUAUAGACGUGUUUGUGAAUUUUUAUUCUUUUUGGAUUUUGUCUAUGUAAUGUCUAAAGAUGGCUUUUCUGGAAGUGGCGAUCCAGGCCGACGUGAGCCGCUUCGAGGACCCUGACUUCGAGGAGGUGGCUCGCAGGAACUGUCACGAGUAUCGCGACACCAGGCAGAAGGUCAUCCAGGAGUUACGAUCCAUGAUAAUCGAGCGAGGCGAAUGCCAUCCGCGUCGUAUGGAUGAUGAGUAUCUUCUGAAGUUCUUGCGGUGUCGAAGAUUCAUACUAGCUUUGACCCAUAAAUUGAUGGUCAGAUAUGAGGACUUCCAAAGACGUCACGCCUCCCUUUACCAUUGUGACCUGUUUGACCUGGUCAGGGUUCGGAACGUGUACGCUGGUGUACUGCCUGAGAGUCCGCGAAGUGGUCGUACUAUACUCAUGAGAUUUGGCAGAUGGGACGUAGAUGCAGUGACAGCAGACGAAGUUAUGCGAGCAGCCCUCGCCAUGACAGAGAUUGCGACGCAACAACCCAAGAUUCAGAUCAUGGGAGCUUCCAUAGUCGUGGACUUGGAGGGACUAAGUUUGAGACAGUUCAGACAAUUCACGCCGACUAUUGCUCAUCAGACUAUUAGUUUAAUGGGGGUGAACUUCCCUAUUCAAAUCCACGGCGUCCACUUGGUGAACUACAACUGGCUGCUCACCAGUUUGUUCUACAUUGCGAAGCAGUUCAUCCCUUCGGGAGCUCUCAAGAUGAUCCAUUUCCAUGGCAGUGACAUGACAUCUCUUCACAAACAUAUAGACCCCGCCACAUUGCCUGAAGAAUACGGUGGCCACUGCAGGCAUGUGGUGACAUUUGAAGAUUGGUUACCAGGAAUACAUAAAUAUAUGAGCAGUAAUGAAUACCUAGUGCGUGAGUUGAGAGAUAUGGGGUACACUAUUAAGGAUGGUAAAGGUGAUAGUAAGAUGUGGUUUGAUGAUUUUUGGGAACAAGAUAUAAAGUGUGUGUGA